GCUUCUUCCUGUAACCUUAGAAAUCCCGAAUCUGGAAAAUUAGGGUUUUGAAAUUAGGGAAAUAAUUAAUCAGGAUUUUACAUUUCCUUCCUUUCUCGACCCAAUCCGACGAUGGGUCGGUCCCGGGCUGUCGCGCAAUCCGCUCCCCCCGAUUUAAAUCAGAGUAGGGGUAAAAGAAAGAGAACAACUUCAGGUGCAGAAGCAGCUGAGAGUAGUAGUGCAGCACAGAAAGGUUUAGCCCAGGAGCUUAGUGAGCCCAAGGGAGCUUUUUACCACUGUAAUUAUUGCCAGAAAGAUAUAUCUGGCAAGGUUCGGAUAAAAUGUGGGGUGUGUCCGGAUUUUGAUCUUUGCAUUGAGUGCUUCUCUGUUGGAGCUGAGGUUACACCUCACAAAUGUAAUCAUCCAUAUAGAGUUAUGGACAAUUUGUCCUUUCCACUAAUAUGUCCUGACUGGAAUGCUGAUGAAGAGAUGCUAUUGCUUGAGGGUAUUGAAAUGUAUGGUUUUGGUAAUUGGACUGAAGUUUCUGAACAUGUUGGAACAAGAAGAAGGCAACAGUGUAUUGACCACUAUAAUGCUAUAUAUAUGAACUCACCUUGCUUCCCUCUCCCAGACAUGUCUCGUGUUAUGGGAAAGAGCAGAGAGGAUCUUCUUGCGUUGUCUAAGGGGUCUGGUGAAAUCAAGAAAGAACUCCCCAUGUUUAUGGAGAUAACGAUAAAAGAAGAGUCCCCUUUUUCUCCAGGAUUCAAAUCCGAAGAACCAAAGAAGCCAGCUGCUUCUAAAGCUUCAUCCCACUCAACUGCUGGUAAAGCAACAAAUAUUGAUGGUGCGUCUGGAGCUGGAAAAAAGGGCUCCCACAAAUUGCACAUUAAGGAUGAACCUAAAGUCACUAAAUUGGAAGAAUCUCAGCGGACCAUUGGAGUGAAAAAUCUAAGGAGUUUAGUGGAGGAGGGACCUUCUGUGACAGAAUUGAGUGGCUACAAUCACAAGAGGCAAGAAUUUGAAAUUGAAUAUGAUAACGACGCUGAGCAGAUACUGGCAGAUAUGGAAUUUCAUGAUACUGACACUGAUGGUGACCGUGAGUUAAAACUGCGAGUUUUGCAUGUUUACGGAAAAAGGCUUGACGAGAGGAAACGCAGGAAGGAUUUUGUACUAGAAAGAAAUCUGAUUCGUCCCGAUCCAUUGGAGAAGACUCUCUCGCCAGAAGUAAGAGAAAUAUAUCAGCGCUUCAAGGUCUUCAUGCGGUUCCACUCAAAUGAUGACCACAAGGAGUUUAUCAAGAGUAUCAUUGAGGAACAACAAAUUGUCAAAAGAAUACUUGAUCUUCAGGAGGCUCGAGCUGCGGGUUGUAAAACAGCUGCCGAGGCAAGUAAAUAUCUUGAGCAAAAAAGAAGGAAUGAAAGUGAAGAAACUUUGCUUAAGAUUAAGGAAAACGCUCAGGCCGGCACUAGCGGUAAAGUCUUGCAGCAGAUCAGUCCCCGGGGAGUCGGUAGGGGAUCAGCAAUUCUUCAUCCUGGUCCCUCUAAGGACUUGUCGUUAUCUACGCAAGCUCCUACCAGCUACAUUGAUGAUUGGGAUAUCAGUGGCCUAAUGGGAGCUGAUUUACUCUCUGAAACUGAGAAAAGGCUUUGCUGUGAGCUCAGAAUCCUACCAUCCCAUUAUCUGCGCAUGCUGCAGACCAUCUCCACAGAGAUUUUGAGCGGAAAUGUGAAGAAGAAAUCCGACGCCCACAGCCUUUUCAAGGUUGAUCCAAACAAAGUCGAUAGAGUUUAUGAUAUGGUAAUACGAAAGGGACUAACACUGGCAUAGUUAUAUUUCCACCAUGUACAACAUCUCUGUACAGAACUAUAUCUUAAUUGAAGAGAAGUCUCAUUUUUGUC